CAUUCAUUCGCUAUAGCUUGUCGCACAUACUGACAGGUAUAGCCGUUAUCUCUCAGACAGUUGAAUUCCCCCCCUCUUCCCCUCCCAGUAUGGCUGCAGACUCGAUGGAGAUUGACGACUCUCUUUACAGCCGCCAGCGAUAUGUGCUGGGAGACAGUGCUAUGCACCAGAUGGCCCAGUCAUCAGUCUUUCUCAGUGGAAUGGGAGGACUGGGAAUAGAGAUAGCAAAGAAUAUUGUCCUGGCUGGUGUGAAGGCAGUCACCCUUCAUGACACAAAACAAUGUGAGACCUGGGAUCUGGGCUCCAACUUCUUUAUCCGCAAAGAGGAUGUGUUGAGCCAGAGAAAGAGGGUGGAGGCAGUGUGCCCACGGGUUGCAGAGUUGAACCCUUAUGUUCACGUUGACAUGUCUUCCUUUGCUCUGGACGACAACACUGAUUUCAGUUUUCUCAGCAAGUAUCAGUGUGUGAUUCUGACUGAAGCCAGCUUGAGCCUACAGAAAAAAGUCAAUGAGUUCUGCCAUUCACAGCAGCCUCCCAUCAGGUUCAUUGGCUGUGACGCCUAUGGCAUCUGUGUGCGGGUGUUUUGCGAUUUCGGGGAAGAGUUUGAGGUGUCCGACCCCACAGGAGAGGAGCCCAAGGAGAUUUUCAUCCAAAGUAUCACUCAGGACAGCCCUGGGGUGGUAACCUGCAUGGACAACCAACCCCAUGGCUUACAGACAGGCCAGAGUGUUGUCUUCAGAGAGGUCAAUGGCAUGGUGGAACUCAACGGCACUGCACGUCAGGUUUCAGUCCUCUCCCCUUACAGUUUUGCAAUAGGAGAUACAUCUCAACUACAACCAUAUGCACAUGGAGGUUUCUUUGUCCUGGUGAAAACCCCUAAGACAUACAGAUUUGAGACAUUAGAGAAACAGUUGUGUGAUCCUCAGGUCUUGACCCCAGACUUAAGUAAACCAGAGGCUCCACUACAGAUCCAUGCAGCUAUGUUGGCGCUGGACGCCUUCCAGGAGCAACACAGUAGACUUCCCAACGUUGGGUGUUUACAGGAUGCUGAUGUUUUACUGAAGAUAACUGAGGAAGUGAAUGCCACUCUUAAGAACAAAGCUCCUGUGAAUGCUGAAUUGGUGCGUUGCUUGUCGAGGACGGCGAGGGGAACUCUGCCUCCGUUAGCAGCGGCUAUAGGAGGCAUAGCCAGCCAGGAAGUUCUUAAGGCUAUCACAGGGAAGUUUGCGCCACUGCAGCAAUGGUUUUACCUUGAUGCCAUCGAAGUUGUCUGGCCCCUUCAGUCUCUUUCUGCAGAGGAGUUUUUCCCCAGGGGCGAUCGGUAUGAUGGAUUGCGAGCUUGCAUUGGUGAAUCAAUGUGUCUUGAACUGCACAAGCUCAGGGUCUUCAUGGUUGGCUGUGGCGCUAUAGGCUGUGAGAUGCUAAAAAACUUUGCUCUGCUUGGAGUUGGAUUGGCCAAGAGCUCAGGAGAGGUGUGCAUCUCAGACCCAGACCUUAUAGAAAAGUCAAACCUCAACAGGCAGUUUCUCUUCAGACCACAUCAUAUACAAAAGCCGAAGAGUACCACAGCAGCAGAAGCUACUCAUGAUAUCAACCCAGACUUGCACGUGGACGCUCACCUCAACAAGGUGUGUCCUGCUACUGAGAGCAUCUACAGCGACUCCUUUUUCUCCCGCCUGAACCUAGUGGUCACUGCGCUGGACAACGUGGAGGCCCGGAGAUAUGUAGACUGUCGCUGUGUAUCCAAUCAGAGACCUCUCCUGGACUCUGGCACCAUGGGAACUAAAGGACACACAGAAAUCAUUGUGCCAAAUUUGACAGAGUCCUACAAUAGCCAUAGAGACCCCCCAGAGGAGGAAAUCCCGUUCUGCACUCUCAAGUCUUUCCCUUCUGUCAUAGAGCACACCAUCCAGUGGGCCAGAGACAAGUUUGAGAAUGCAUUUGUCCACAAGCCCUCUAUGUACAACUCGUUCUGGCAGACCCACUCCUCUCCUGAAGUGGUGCUACAGAGGAUGCAGGCAGGGGAAAGCCUGGAAGGGUCAUUUCAGGUCAUUAAGCUGCUAAGCAGACGACCUAGCCAGUGGGAACAAUGCAUCACUGUUGCCCGUCUGAAAUUUGAAAAGUAUUUCAAGAGAAAGGCCCUACAACUGUUGCACUCUUUCCCCCUGGACACAAGGUUAAAAGAUGGAAGUUUGUUUUGGCAGUCCCCGAAAAGACCUCCAUCACCUAUUGAUUUUGACUUGAGAGACUCUUUGCACUUCACUUUCAUUGUCAGCACAGCACGGCUUUUCGCAGGGAUUUAUAACAUCCCUUACUCAGAAAAGGACCUCUCAGAAGAGGUGGUGGCCAGGAUUCUCUCAGAUGUUGAGAUUCCCCCGUACAGGCCCUCAGACAAAUCUAUAGAGACAGAUGAGACGGCAAAGAAGCCCGAUCAGAUGAAGAUGCCUCAAAGCAGUGAAGAGGAGAGGGAGGCCAUCACUCAGCUGGAGCAGGCCAUUGCUGCAGACAAUGUCACACCAGAGAGCUUACACAUGGGUCCACAGCAGUUUGAAAAGGACGAUGACAGCAACGGCCACAUGGACUUUGUCGCGUCAGCAUCUGCUCUCAGAGCGAGGAUGUACUCCAUCGAGCCAGCUGACAGACUCAAGACCAAACGCAUCGCUGGCAAGAUCAUCCCUGCUAUCGCCACGGCAACAGCUGCUGUGGCUGGACUGGUGGCCCUCGAGUUGAUCAAGGUGGUUGGAGGCUACGGGUUUGAAUCUUACAAAAACUGCUUCUUUAACUUGGCCAUCCCUGUGGUGGUGCUCACUGAGCCUGCCCCAGUUAAACGGACGCUCAUCAGGGACAACAUCUACUUCUCCAUCUGGGACUGUUGGACUAUUUUUGGCCAUGAGGACUUCACACUCUCUGACUUGAUGAAUGCAGUGAGGGAAAAGUAUGGAAUUGAACCCACUAUGGUUGUCCAUGGUGUGAAGAUGCUCUAUGUGCCUGUGAUGCCUGGACACUCAAAGAGACUUAAAUUGACGAUGCAGAAGCUGAUCAAGCCAUCAGUGGACCGCCGAUACGUCGACCUCACUGUGUCAUUCGCUCCGGAGGCAGAUGGAGACGAGGACCUCCCUGGUCCUCCCGUCAGGUACUACUUCACCCGCCAUGGAGAGGCACCCUGACAUCUUUUUAAAUGUCAUCCUCAAACCUCUUGUGUCCUUACUUCCCUUUCAUGUAAAUUGUUGCACCCAAAUUACCUGGGCCAGGGCCAAGAGCUUUCCCUCAGGAUGUUAUCUGACACGGGCAAAGCUCCUGGCCCCAGCACGAGCCCACCUGUACAUCAUGGAGCAAGAAAAAGCCAGUCCGGAUCCCAGUUUUUCUUGCCUCAGAUCUAGCCAGUGGAACACGAGGCUGCUUGAGUAGCACUUAACUGUACCUGUGUACAUAUAUUUUCUCUGUUCUGUUUUCUACUCUGGUGAAAUGCACAGCUCCGCCUGUGUCGAUGCCUUAAUUGAUUAAUAACCCUUUUUCUGUUUGUGGCAGUGAGUCUGACUAAAAACUAUGUUUACAGAAACCUGCAUACUCCCAACAUACAGCCCCAUUAGUGUAAUGUCUGUUAUAAAUCUGCUGGGACGAAGUCCUCUCAUUGGUUUUGAAAAUAUUGCCAACCACAGAACUUGCCAGUUUGUUGGUCAUCUCCCCUUAUAGCAAGAGGUCAAGCCAAUAUUUGUUGUAUAAUUUUAAAGGUGCAACAGGCCAGUGGACAACGGCGAAAUCACCAAAGAUACUGAUUAUCAUUGUGUCCGAAGAUGAUUGUUCUCUUUUUAUCAUCGUUUUGACAGCCUCAACAAAAUACACUUACAUCACAACGUACGGGUGUUACCCAAACAUUAAAGGGCAACACACACAGCUGCGUCUUGAUGUGCUUCAUCACAGGGUUGAUGUCAACUCUUUGGGAUCAGUCACUGUUGAACUGAUCAGCAUUGAUGCUUCAGAAAAGCAGCAAUUUGAUCAAAUUUGCCUCCCAAUCCAUUCGCAUGAAUCAAGUGACGCAGCUGAUGUCUGUUGCACAUAACAAUAUCUCAUUAAAUAGUUAGGUAAUGACUGCAUUGACAUCAGUUUACACAUUUGGGUAAACAAUAUGUUCUUCAUUAGACUGAGUAAUGGCUUGUGUUCAGUGGCUGUUUCAAACAGACAUGAAACAACUGUACCAACAGCUGGGAUUGCACUCCUACUCAUUUAACGCGCCCCCUCUUUUUUUUUUCUUUAAAGAAUAAAUCCUUGCUGUUCAUGAUUUAUUUCUUGCAUUUGUUUAUGGAUGUGUGUCAUCAUGACAUGUAUUUAUUUACUUGUUACUCAUUUUUGUCACUUACUUUUUUUGUGUCAAACUGAGCCUGUGUUGAGCUCUGUUGAGUCGUGGUGCACUGGUUAAUUGUUAAUCAACACUGAACAAAAAUCAUCCUAACAGUGUUUUAUCCAGGGGUGUAAAUUGCUCCACUGUUUAAUUUCAGCUGAAGGUUGAGAAAAGGGUCUUAGAAACAGUCUGCGUUGACAUAUAUUGGCAAUAAUGUCAAUGUAGUUUUGAAUGGAAGCAUUUUCAAAUCCAACUUUUUUUGGUGGGGUUAUUGAGAGUCUACUAACACCUUAUAAUCUGCGUCUUCAAGAUAAUUAAGAUUGAAGUCACCAAAAUUGAUUCCUCAACGAUAUUAAUUUCUCUGCCCAUUACCAGAGGUGGUGAAUUUCACUUUGCACAGAAAAUGUCUAUCAUAAUGACAACACUUCUUGUGCAGUGAAUGUCAUUAAGUGUAAAACAAAACAGUGUUAAUGAGUGACAAUGGUAAUGAUGUAUAUUCUUGUGACAGACAACUCAACCAAUGGUCCAAUAAAAUGUGAGAUUUCAGGAUGUCCUCAA